CCCCUCCCGCCGCCCUUUCCCCUUCCCCGCCGCGGCCGCCGCCGCAGGGGACGGUCAGCUCUACGGCUCGCAGCGCGGCGGAGCAGCGCCGGACAUUUUGGCAUUUAGAUCAUGGCUACUAUAGAAGAAAUUGCACAUCAAAUAAUUGAACAACAGAUGGGAGAGAUUGUUACUGAGCAGCAAACUGGCCAGAAAAUCCAGAUCGUGACAGCUCUUGAUCAUAAUACACAAGGCAAGCAGUUCAUUCUAACAAAUCACGAUGGAUCUACUCCAAGCAAAGUCAUUCUAGCCAGACAAGAUUCCACUCCAGGGAAGGUUUUCCUCACAACCCCAGAUGCAGCAGGCGUCAACCAGUUAUUUUUUACAACUCCUGAUCUAUCUGCACAACACCUCCAGCUCUUGACAGAUAAUUCUUCUCCGGACCAAGGACCAAAUAAGGUUUUUGAUCUUUGUGUAGUAUGUGGAGACAGAGCAUCAGGACGUCAUUAUGGAGCAGUGACAUGUGAAGGAUGCAAAGGAUUUUUUAAAAGAAGCAUUCGAAAAAAUUUAGUGUAUUCAUGCCGAGGAUCAAAGGAUUGUAUUAUUAACAAACAUCAUCGAAAUCGUUGUCAGUACUGCAGAUUACAGAGAUGUAUUGCCUUUGGAAUGAAACAAGACUCUGUUCAGUGUGAAAGAAAACCCAUUGAAGUUUCCAGAGAAAAAUCCUCCAGCUGUGCUGCUUCAACAGAAAAAAUCUAUAUAAGGAAAGAUCUUCGGAGCCCAUUAGCUGCAACUCCAACUUUCGUAACAGAUAGUGAAGCUGUGAGGUCAGGAGGACUCUUAGAUUCAGGAAUGUUUGUGAAUAUUCAUCAGCCUGGGAUAAAAACUGAAUCAGCUAUGCUGAUGACACCAGAUAAGGCUGAAUCAUGUCAGGGAGAUUUAAGUACUUUGGCUAGUGUGGUUACAUCAUUAGCAAAUCUUGGAAAAUCAAAAGAUCUGUCUCAAAAUGGUAGUGAAAUGUCUGUGGUUGAAAAUUUAAGCAAUGGCGAUACCUCAAUAUGUGAAUUUCAUCAAGACCUGCAGUCUAAUGGUGAUGUCUCAAGGGCAUUUGACACUCUUGCAAAAGCAUUGAAUCCUGGAGAGAGCACAGCCUGUCAGAACUCAGUAGAGGGCAUGGAAGGAAGCGUACACCUAAUUGCUGGAGAUUCGAGCAUAAAUUACAUCGAAAAAGAGGGGCCACUUCUCAGCGAUUCACAUGUAGCUUUCAGGCUCACCAUGCCUUCUCCGAUGCCUGAGGACCUGAAUGUGCACUACAUUGGCGAAUCUGCCUCCAGGCUGCUGUUCUUAUCAAUGCACUGGGCACUUUCAAUCCCUUCCUUCCAGGCUCUAGGGCAGGAGAACAGCAUAUCAUUGGUGAAAGCUUAUUGGAAUGAACUUUUUACUCUUGGUCUUGCCCAGUGCUGGCAGGUGAUGAAUGUGGCAACUAUAUUAGCAACAUUUGUCAAUUGUCUUCAUAGUAGUCUUCAACAAGAUAAAAUGUCAACUGAAAGAAGAAAAUUAUUGAUGGAGCAUAUCUUCAAGCUACAGGAGUUUUGUAAUAGCAUGGUUAAACUCUGCAUUGAUGGAUAUGAAUAUGCCUACCUGAAGGCAAUAGUACUCUUCAGUCCAGAUCACCCAGGCUUGGAAAACAUGGAACAGAUUGAGAAAUUUCAGGAAAAGGCUUAUGUGGAAUUCCAAGAUUAUAUAACUAAAACAUAUCCAGAUGACACCUACAGGUUGUCUAGACUUCUACUCAGACUACCAGCUUUGAGAUUAAUGAAUGCUACCAUCACUGAAGAAUUGUUUUUCAAAGGUCUCAUUGGCAAUGUACGAAUCGACAGUGUCAUCCCACAUAUUUUAAAAAUGGAACCUGCAGAUUAUAACUCUCAAAUAAUUGGUCACACUAUUUGAAAGCUGAAGUCUCAAUGUAAACUUAUUGUUCUUUCCCAGAACACAUGAUACCAAAUUGAACUCAUUUUUUUCCAGGGCACCGGGAAAGUUUGACUUUCAAGAUUAACCAAAACCUAGCUUUUUUUU